AGCAAUGGCAAGCUCUGUAAGCACGUCUUUGGAAGAAAACUCUACAGAGAUUUCUCUACGAGGAGUACUGAAAAAAACGGAAAGCCUAUCGCGCCGACGACUUUACAAACACCCUCGAUCCUUCACCCCAUGGAAGACGAUCAAUAUGGCAACCCGUCAAUUCCGUGCCUGGAAAACUCGUAUAAAAUGAUCCCUGACGCGACGUUCAAUUCCGAACAAGCCCGACGACUUGCCGAAGACGUUUUGCAUCGUAACUUCAAAGGCGUGAAAUACGAGGAGGAAAAAUGCAAAGAGCUUGUGGUAAAAGCCACGGAGGAGUUGAAAAACUGCGUAAAGGGUCUGGGAUGCAACAGAUACAAAUUCGUGUGCGUGGUAUACUUAGGCCCGUUACAGAGUCAGGGAAUGGCGAUUACAAGCCGCUGUUUGUUGGAUGAAAGAUUCGACAGGUGUUCUACCGCCUGUUAUCGAAAUCCGUGGUUGUAUGUUGUGGCCUCGAUAUAUGGCGUAUUUUAUGAGUAG